AUGAGCCUUUCUCUAGCGACAGCGCUCUACGCCGACGCAGCGCGGCUCUACCGCCUCGGUGACCUUCACCACGCACGCAGUGCGGCUGAGGAGGCACUGUUCUCAUUAUCGCCGCGCAUGGACAGCGCCAUGGCGGGCAAAACUAGGCAUCAUCAUGGAGACGUCGGCCACGAAGAGUCCGCUGAUAGCGUCUCUGUCGGCUGCGAGGGUUCACAGGCUCAGCAGCGUCGGCACCACCGUCUCUUCGGCAACACCCUUCUGCUCUUAUCAUGCAUCUACAUGGCGGUUCAGGACUACAUUGAGGCGGAGAGACUGCUUGUUACGUGUGACGGGUACUGGAGGGAGCGUCUGACAGUCCCGCACACGAGGGCCCCAUCUCCUGGCACAUCUGUAGAGGAGUGCGCGUGCUGCAGUGACCUGGACGAGGGAUUGGCGGGUGUGGCGUACAACCGCGCUGUGCUACGCCUUGAGCAGCUUCAGUGCACCCUAUCCUCGUCGCCCAGCCGCGGAGACAAGGCGUUGUGGGUGACGCCGCUGGUUGACGUGCGCGAUGCUGGUGCACGUCUGACGCAUUCGCCGAUACCUUCAUCCUCUACUGCAGCUCCCUCAGAUACGCCGGAGACUGUGUAUGCAAGCGUGAUGGCGCUACUGCUGGACGCACAGAACCGCCUCGCGCAUACGCUUGGGCCGCCACGUGGACUUCUCGCCGACGUCCUGCACACUAUCGGUGUCUGCCACUACGAAACUGCAGACUACAUCACUGCGCUGGAAGCGUGGCAGCGCUCCAUGACGAUUCGCCUGCAUCUUCACGCGCAACGCAACCGCAGCGACACGGACGCUGCUCAGAGAGUGCUGCGUCGAGGCGAAGGCAGCGGCGAGGAGGGCAGUGACGGCACUGAGGAGCUGAAGCUGGCUUUGACGAUGGAACAUGUGGCGCAGGUGUACCGACUGCUGGAGGGACGCUCUGUCGAGGCGCUGAAGCUGCUGGACACGGUGGCAGGCACUCGACGGAAGUACCUGGGCCCCACAGACCCACUGUGCGUCCGCACGCUGGCGUUCAAAGGCGCUCUGGCAGCGGAGCUGGGCCACACAAAGCUUGCCCGUGCGCUCUUCGAUCGGUGCAGCGCCAUCUAUAGUGACACCGGUCCGGAGACGCCGCCUCCGUGUAGCUCUGCCUGCGCGGUGCAGGGUAUGGAGCAGUGGCGACGCCACCAGGUAUCAACCUCCCCGUCAUCCAGCUCCUCUCACUUGCUCUCGAGCACGCACCGGCAUGAGAGAGCUCCAGGGGAGUGCAUUGAGGGUAGCUGA